AUGUCAAAUAAUAUUGAAAAGAAAUAUCCUGUACCUCCAUUUUCAUUAGAAAGUGCUAUCGAAAAGGUAAGAAAAGCAGAAGAUGCAUGGAAUAGUAGAGACCCCGAAUUAGUUUCAAAGGCAUAUUCAAUAGAUUCAAAAUGGAGAAAUCGUAAUGAAUUUAUCAAUGGUAGAGAAGAAAUUGCUCAGUUUUUAACAAGAAAAUGGAAAAAAGAAAGUGAAUAUCGUUUAAUUAAAGAAAUUUGGGUACAUGGGGAUUAUAAAAUAGCAGUUAGAUUCGCAUAUGAAUGGAAAGAUCAAGAAACUCAAAAAUAUUAUCGUAGCUAUGGUAAUGAAAAUUGGAAAUUUAAUGACCAAGGUUUAAUGAUUGAAAGACAUGCCAGUAUUAACGAUUUGGAAAUAACUGAAGAUCAACGUAAAUUUAAAUGGCCCCAAGGUAGAAGACCAGACGAUCAUCCAGGAUUAACAGAACUAGGUUUAUAA